UCCAGUCUCUGCCCACAACUGUACAAAAAAUCAAAUUGAACGUACAAAUAAAUUGCUAGCGACAACCUCGUAUAAAUAAAAUUUAUAAAGUUCAUAUUUCGAUUCUUUAAAUUCGUGUAAUAAAUAAGAAAGUAAUAUGAGUUCGGAUGAGAUCAAGUUGGAGGCUGCCUACGAGCGAUUGAUAGAGGAGGACAUCAAAAGUCAGUUGGAGAAAAAUGGAACCAUGGCGCUUCUCCGCAGUGAAAUGCAUGUUAAAGUCCUUCAGAUGAUGCGGGGACAGCUGAAUGUGUCCAAACCCAAACCUCUGAAGGGUGGAUUAUCCAACGGAACAAACCUUUCCGAAGAUCAGAGCCUUAUCAAGCUUAUAAACCAACUGGUUAUGGAGUUCUUUCAUUGGUUCGGCUACAAACACACCCUGGAAACAUUUCGCAUGGAGACGGGUGAAAUUGUGGCCAAUCGCAUUGAAAUGGAGCAAAGUCUACUUAUCACACCCGAAUCGAAAGAUCUUCCCCUUUUGGCUCAACUUGUAAUGCGCGAUUGGAAACUCAAUGGGGAUACGGUGGGUCCUAAAAAGGUGGUUCAGCUACCAGAUCCAUUGAAUUCCAUGCCUCAACGAUGCCUCAAGUUAAAGGAGGAGCUACAAGCUCUUCGAAAACAAAAAGUAGUCAAAGGAAAAGUUCAACAGGAAGUCAAACUAGUUCAAUACAAUCGAAAGCUGAUUGAUAAUGAUCCGUUCCGAACACCCAAGAAGACUAGUCCCCCAACUCGUUUCCUUAAGAAAGAUAGCUCUGAGUCUGAUAUUCUGGAAUCGGACUAUAGCGAAUAUGAAUCGGAGGAUAGUGAUGCUUAUAAGGACAUACCAGAUAGACAGUUUUUCAUUGACGACUUGCCGCCAGAGGGAAAAUACGCUCCUGGACAUGGUGAAGAGGGUUCCGAGGGUCUAUUUCAACAAUAUAAAGGUGAUAUUAAUACCGACAAUAUACCAAGCUCAUCCAAGCAAUCAACUAUAUCAAGAAGACCAAAAGACCCACCGAAUGAAGGCUCAGAAUCUGGCGAUAAAGCCUCAAUCUGCAGGAAGGAAAAAGGCUCAAGGAAAAACUAUUGGAACUCACCGAGAAGACUGCAACAUCAAAGCAAAAGUGACUUUAAAUCUGAUGAUGAUGAACUAGUUCCGGCUGUCACCAAACAGAAAUGCCCAGACACCCACAUAGGAAAAAUCGAUUUGGACAGCGAUUACAGCUUUGAUGAUGAUUGAUCGUAGGAUUUCGAAUAUUAAUUUGCCAUAUUUAAUCCU